GAAAAAUGAGCGGCCGUAGCGGAAACGGCGCGUUAUCGCGUGCGUGCAUUGAGGGGUGUGUUGAUGAAGAUGAAAUUGAAUCUCUGCAAAGUAGUUGAUGGCUGUCGCCUUGGGACAAUGACUAAUCUUGGCAAGAAAGGGGUUCAGUCGAUGGAAAUUCCAGGAUGUCUGCUCUAUACCAAAAUGGGAUCAGCACCACACCUGACAUAUGAUACUCUACAGAAUAUUCAAGAUAUUCCUGUGGUUGCCCAGAUUCCCCUUACAACACUAGCAGAUCUUCAGGAGGUCUUGCAGGAAUAUAAAGAAGGAAUUGGAAAAUUCAUAGGUAUGCCAGAAUCUAUAUUAUAUUGUUCCCUUCAAGACCCUGCUGUUUGCUCUCCUCAUGGCUACAACAGCAUGAAGACUGUAUCUAUAUGGAACAAUAGAGGACGGAAAGAAUUCACAGCUUCAAAGUUCAUGGACAUCCAAAAGGUUAUUCAGCCAGACUGGUUCCAGUGUCUGUCAGAUGGAGACACUAUUUCAGGAGACAUCUCCAAAAAGAAAGCCAAGAAAUCUGUAGAUCGAUCGCUGUGCUUUUUGGAUGAAUGCUUACAGCUUCAAGGAAAUUCUCCAGAAUUGCAACAAAGUUUGAUGAUUGGAGCUAUUGAAGGUGGAGAUGUAUUGGAGGAAAGACUAAGAUCAGCAAGGGAGACUGCCAAGAGACCAGUGGCUGGAUUCCUGUUGGAUGGCUUUCAGGGAAAUACCAUGACUAAGGAGACUAAAUUGGAGCUCUUAUCCUCAGUUACAGCUGUGCUGCCAGAACAUAAACCAAGACUGAUCCAUGGUAUUGGUGAGCCAGAUGAAGUCCUAGAGUGCAUUAAGAGAGGAAUAGAUAUUUUUGAGAGUUGUUUUCCUUAUCAGGUGACAGAACGAUGUUGUGCUUUGUCCUUCAGCUAUGAUUAUCAACUGAAUCCUGAAUCAGCAGUUGUAAAAGAAAAUGGACAAACGGAGGUGAGGAAAGAUGAUGAAAAAACAAAAGAUGAAACAUGCAGUGAAGCACAAGAAAUGACUUCAUUUGAAAUACAUCUGAAAGAAAAGAAGUACCAGGAUGAUUUUAAUCCUUUAGUAAAUGGAUGCUCAUGCUAUUGCUGCCAAAACCACAGUCGUGCCUAUAUCCAUCACCUCCUCAUGACCAAGGAGCUGCUGGCUUAUGUGCUCCUUAUGACGCAUAACUUUCAGCAUUACUUUAACUUCUUUUCUUCUGUCCGAAAUGCUUUGAAAGAAGAUAAGUUGGAUCAGUUGAGGAAGAUUAUCAGCAGGCAGGCCCUCUGAGCUCAGAUGUGUAAAAAGCAGCUUCCCCAACCUGGUUUACCCUUCUGGAUCAAGUUUAUGGAACAGGGCUGUUAUACAAUAGUAGCGGGAUAGAAGCCCAUGAUAGAAGAAGAUCCAUGUUUUGCCUGCCAUCUCAUAUCUGAGUAUAACUUUUUUAGUUCCUGUAAAUUUAGGAAAAAUUGAGAGUUUUUCAGAGUCAUUAAUCUUUGAAAAAUAUAAAAAUAAGGUUAUUGUUUUAGAAAUAUUCACAUAGUUUUCUGAAUUGUAUUAAUGAUAUUAACAAUUUAUGGACACUUGAACUGCAGUGAGAAGAAAAGAACAUCAACUAACUUAAGAAUUAGAGAGAAUGGGGAAAAACUGCAGCUUUUGUACAGCUAUUGUAUAUUAAUCUAUUUUGGUUUUUUAAAAAAUUAUCAGAAAAAAAGUGAUGUAGCUAGAAAUCAUAGGAAAAAAGAAUACUUGCUGUUAUGAGUUGCACCUCACUUGGACUCUUCUGAUGGUGGGAACAUUUUCCAAAUGAAUGCAUUCCUUAAAGUUCUCUGCGUUCUUGUUAGCCAGAGGGCUUUUUUUCUUAUAUUGUAAGUUGCCUAUUAGAGAACCCGAUUUUAAUAACAUCAAAGGAUAGCUGUUUAUCUCAAGGGUGGAUUCUUUGAACAAUAUCCUUUUAUGGUGAUUUUUUUUGGGGGGGGGUAAGGCUUUGAUAGUAAAAGCAAAUACAGGAGAGAAUAUGUUCCAGUCCUAUUUAGUUUAUUUGGCACAAUUUUCUUUUUUACUGGAUUUUUUUACUACUAUAUUUGAAUGUUAAAGAUUUUUAUAUUAUUAUAUUUAUUGUACUGCAUGAGGAAAUUUAAUAAGACUUUUAUAUUUUUGCAUUACUGGGAAACAGUAGGAAGGAGGGAGGGAGGGGAAGAGAGAGAGAGAACUCAUAAAAUAGGGAAAUAUUGUGAGAGAGGGGAGACCAGACAAGAUGAUCAUCCAAAAAGCCAGUUUGAAGACUGGAGAGACAGACUGGCCUGACCUCUCUCAUAAGAGCCAACUCUCAGGUUUAAGAAAGAGCUGGAGUUGUUUAAGCAUGACUAAAAACAAUUCAGUAAUUAUCAGAGGUCAGUAGGAAUUUGUCAAGAACAAAGACUAAUCUUAUGUUUUGAUUAAGUUCCUUGAUAGAUUGUGACAAUGCUCUGGACAAUAGAUGCUCACCUCCUUUGUAAUAGCUCGCCUCACAAGGUAAGGCUGGGUCCUGUUCUCCUGGCCCUCCAGAAGCUCAUAAGAACUUAGCUGUUCUGCAAGGCCUUUAGGAACUGACUGCUGUAGAGCUCCUAGUGCCAGGAAAAUUAUAUUAAAUUAUUUUUUACCAUAAUUUAAUAUUUUAUUUCUGUUCUUGUAGGUUACUGUUGUUAUUGUAUUGACUGCAGUUGUUGCUUUUGUACACUACUUGGCCUUGACAGAAGUAGUUUAUAAAAUUCAUAAAAGAAAAGCUUUUAACAAAGGAGGCCAUGAUAUGUUGAUUAGCAAGCUAUUUAAGUGUGGGAUGCAUAUAUUAACAAGCCGGUGAAUGGAAAACCUUAAGCAAUGUAGUGUUACAACAUGCUGUAAUGCAAAGGAAUUCUCACCCAGUUUGCUUAAAAAACUUGCUCAUCUCCAAAUUCUGCCCUUCUCUUGGGCUUAAUUCCAAACAACUGCCGUAGAUGGGGUGCCAAAUUUUUACUUACUAUAUGCUGUGAAACAGAGAGAGACUUCAGUCCUAUAUCAAACAAUAAGCUGCACAUACUGAAUCCAAAGGAUUUAUUACUAAGCAGGUUUAUACAUGUUUUUGCUCUUAGCCACAUAAAUAAAAGAAGGAAGUACAUGGUGGAUUUUCUAAAAGCAUAGCUGAGCUAUUGAGGCUGUGGGUUUUGCAUGACUUCCAGUCAGAGUUGUCCUCGUUUGAAAAUAAGCAGAAGUUUUCAGGGGGCACAAGAUUUCCUUGUUACUUUACUAUUCAAGUUAGAUAUACUUAAGAUGUGACCUUACUUAUUCACCAGGAUCUCAAGAUGUAUACGGUUAUUUAACAAAGCCAUUGUCUCAUGGAGUGAGUGGGGAAGAAGGGAAGGCACAGGGGUUCUUGACGGAAAUAUCUUUUUUUAAAAAAAAAUUAGAAAUACCCUCAGGGGUGGAAAGUGUUCCUCUACCUGAAACUGGGAAAGUUGCUACUAGUUAAAAAAUAGCACUGAGCCAGAUAGAUUAGUAGUCUGGUUCCAUAUAAGGUAACUUUGUAGUUCUCUUUAUAUAUGUCUACUUUGAGGGGAGAAUCUUUCAGUGCCUGUACAGAUAUAUGGUAGAUUGGAGUGCUGCUUUUCUCCCUCUUGAUUGCCAGUACAAGAUUUUACAAAACUAAGUUUGCACUGCUACUAAGCAGAGUUUAGAUGUUAGAAGUAUUAAUGUAUAGGAACACUAUUAUUCCAGCAAUAUGUUUGUGGCUGAAAAGCUAUAAUACUGCACUAUGCAACCUAAUUAAUCAUUUCUAAUUAAUAGAAUGUGUCUAUUAGUUAUUUUUUUAAAAAAUCAGCCUAGAAACUCUUGAAAGUAAAGCUGCAUUUGUUUAAUUAUUAAACAAGUUGCAGUAUUUCAAAUGAAAUUUUCUGAAGAUAUCAUCAGAACAGUGUCUUGUAAAUAGUUUCUUUCUUGUCUGGACUUUAUUGUUCUGUGAAGGAUUGGGAUUGUUUAAAAUGUGCUUGUUGCAUAUAGCACUGAAGUUCUCCUCUUAAUUGCUCCAUUUCAGUCUUAAUAUUACUUUUUAUAUCAAGCUUUGGUAUAAAAUCUAAUGGUGCUAUAUUUAACAUUUCAGACUGCUAGAUACUAGAUGAGUAGAGGUCCUGCAGGUCCAGGUUUAACCUUGUCUACCUUGGAAAAACCCAACCAGGUUGCAGCAGACUUUUUGCAUCUCUGUACAACUGUGGCACUUGGAUUGCCAUUCUUUGAACUGGACCUGUCUCCAUCCUUUUAAUUAAGAAGCUAUGUUUAUCUCCAUGCUGAGAAUAUUUUCACUAGCUGAUGUCAGACUAGAAUGGCUAAAGCUACACAGCUUUAAAUGUGUUCUGAAAGUUGCUGGCUUGUGAGUGUUUGUGAAAAUGUAUAUUUGGAUUUCACAAAAUCUGAGGCUCUGUAUGUCUUUCCCAAAGUCAUCAUGCUUAGCCAAAACUUUUCUAGCCAUCUUCUAAUGCAGUGGUUCUUAAACUAUUUGACCCAAUUACCCCUUUUCCCAGUCUCAAAUUAUGUCAUUACCCCCA